AUGGCUCAAGGCGCCCAUCAUCCACCCAAAUACUUCGAAAUGAUAUCCACGGUGGCUUCCAAUCCCAAGUGGAAGUGUUUGGUCUGUGGACAACAUAUGGGCAACAUAGGGCCACAUUCUAUCUCACAGUCUCACCUCGCAGCUGUUGAACGCUACGAGGCUUGUUUAGCAGCCGAAAAUGCAAUUGUCCCCAGCCUGAGUGACGAGCCGCCUCCCUCCCCCGUCACAACCCCCCAUCAGCAAGAUAUCCUUGGUGACGAUGAGCCAGCACCUGACACGACACGCCGUCCUCCGUCACCUUUCUCAUUCCUCCGCGCUUUUCAACUCGCCAAAGAAAAUCAACCUAGCGACUCGGAAUCUUCAGAGACGGAAAUCGACGUCCACAAGGUUCUGGAAGCCAUUCAUGCAAUGGACGACGACGCCUGGGGUCCAAACAACGAGGCUGACGAUGAGGCCAACCUCGUGGCUGAUCUGCGUACGGGGCAGCUUUUGGACUCUGAAGAGUGGUUCCCUUUCAAGAAGAAAGAGUCAACAGCACGUUGCUGCGUUAUUGAUCAUCGGUUCGACUCGAAGUAUCCUUUCACGGGCGCAAUACCAUCGUAUUCGUGCCAUAUUGAUCAUAUGCGACGUCCACCUGCCAGAAUGGGGGGCGCUACGUGCGUUAAGUGUUCGCCUCAAGAAGGACCUCGGGCUUGUUGUCUCUGA